AGAGAAUCGCUUCAAGUUACAAAUUCGAGACAAAUACGUUUUGUGAUAUCUAAUUUAUAUUCGUUUACGGGGAAGAAGCAUUUCAAGUGAGAAAUGGGAGUGUCUCAAACCGACGGAAGAAUGGAAGGUUGGCUUUAUACCAUCCGACAUAACCGAUUUGGCCUUCAAUUUUCCCGUAAACGAUAUUUCGUUCUUCUAGAAAACAACCUUACAAGUUUUAAAUCUGUACCAUCCGAUCACAAUGAGGAACCUGAGAGAAGAGCAUCUUUAGAUUGUUGUAUUCGGGUUACCGACAAUGGAAGAGAGAGUUUCCAUAGGAAGAUUCUUUUCAUAUUCACUCUUUACAACACUUCGAACCAUUUGGAUCAACUAAAGUUGGGAGCAAGUAGUCCUGAAGAAGCAGCCAAAUGGAUCCGAUCAUUGCAGGAUGCUUCACAAAAGGGGUUUCCUUUUCCGGAUUGCGAAUUUGUAUCUCAUGCAGAGAAGGGACUUGUGAAGCUUGAUGUAUCAAAGAGGAACCGUCGCAAAAACUCUGUGGACUGGACAAAUUACUCAUCGGCAAAUUACUCAUCAACAUCAUUGAAUGUCGAAACAGUAGUUGCGCCUGAUGUCAUUGCACCUUCUCCAUGGAAAAUCUUUGGAUGCCAAAACGGUUUACGCCUUUUCAAAGAAGCUAAAGAUUGGGAUUCCCGCGGAAGGCAUUGGGAUGAUCACCCUGCAAUAAUGGCAGUUGGGGUCAUUGAUGGUACUUCAGAAGAUAUUUUUAAUACGUUAAUGUCUCUCGGUCCCCUAAGAUCAGAAUGGGACUUCUGUUUCUACAAAGGUAGUGUGGUGGAGCAUCUUGAUGGACACACAGAUAUAAUCAAUCUUCAGUUAUACAGUGAUUGGUUGCCAUGGGGCUUGAAUCGAAGAGACUUAUUGCUGCGACGUUACUGGAGAAGGGAAGAAGAUGGAACAUAUGUGAUACUUUGUCACUCUGUCUAUCACAAGAACUGCCCACCAAAGAAGGGAUACGUUCGCGCUUGUGUCAAAAGUGGUGGUUACGUGGUGACUCCGGCGAACAACGGGAAACAAUCACUAGUAAAGCAUAUGGUAGCCAUUGAUUGGAGAAGCUGGAACUUAUACAUGAGGCCAUCUUCUGCAAGAUCCAUAACCAUCCGUGUGGUUGAGAGGGUUGCGGCCUUACGAGAAAUGUUCAAAGCGAAACAAGGACACGGCUUCACUGAGUUCGUUUCAGGGGAGUUUUUGGACACCAAACCCUGCUUGUCCAAGAUCAACACUAGGCCCCUUAAAACAGAGGCCAAAGAGGUUGAUCUAGAGACUGUGAAGGCUGAGGAAAUGGAUAAACCUACUUCAGCACGCAAUAGUUUGAUGGACUUAAAUGAUGCUUCUGAUGAGUUUUUCGACGUUCCUGAGCCUAACGAGUCCACCGAGUUUGAUAGCUUUAUUGAUACCUCUCCAUAUUCUCAAGGACAUCAGCUGAAGAUACCAACACCAGCUGGUAUUGUCAAGAAACUUCAAGAUCUAGCCAUAAAUAAGAAAGGCUAUAUGGAUUUACAAGAGGUGGGUUUGGAGGAAAAUAACAGCUUCUUCUAUGGAGCCACUCUUCAAAAAGAUCCAAGUCUCACUCUGCCUUGUAGUUGGUCUACCGCGGAACCAUCGACAUUCUUAAUUCGCGGAAACAAUUAUCUAAAAGAUCAACAAAAGGUAAAAGCAAAAGGCACAUUGAUGCAAAUGAUUGGAGCGGACUGGAUAAGUUCAGAUAAGCGGGAAGAUGAUUUUGGUGGACGAGUAGGUGGUCUAGUUCAGGAAUUCGCAGCGAAAGGCAGUCCCGAGUUUUUCUUCAUUGUAAACAUACAGGUCCCGGGUUCGGCUAUGUACUCUCUAGCAUUGUACUAUAUGCUGAAAACUCCACUGGAAGAGCAUCCUUUGUUAGAGAGUUUUGUGAAUGGUGACGAUGCUUAUCGCAACUCGCGCUUUAAACUCAUCCCUCAUAUCUCCAAAGGUUCAUGGAUUGUGAAACAAAGUGUGGGAAAGAAGGCUUGCUUGGUUGGUCAGGCACUUGAAGUUCGUUACACCCGCGGCAAGAACUACUUAGAGCUUGACAUUGAUGUUGGGUCUUCAACUGUUGCAAGAGGUGUAACCAAUCUAGUUCUUGGAUAUCUCAACAAUUUGGUUAUAGAAAUGGCAUUUUUGAUACAGGCAAAUACAGCAGAGGAACUACCAGAACUGUUACUAGGAACAUGUCGGCUCAAUUAUCUUGAUGUCUCAAAAUCUGUAAAAGAAAGAUGAGACAUCCCUAAGAACAAACAAUAUUGCAGGAGCAGAGGAUAUUUUCGAUAUUUUUGUUUCUUUGUAAAAGCUGUGGUUUUUUACUGUGUUUCUUGUUAUGUCAACUCGUUUUCACACUCAAACUGUUGUAUAGUCAGGAUCAGUAGUUUGGUUCUCUGUGUUAUCUGAUCCAAGAUUGAAUAAAUAAACUUGUUGAUA